CACAGGGGUAUAACCGUUCAGUAUUGUAGAAGACGCAGUGAGGCUUGCACGUAGCUUCUCGCCCCGGUCUCCCCUUGAAAGUUUCACGAGUUUUGGAUUUUGACUUUGGUGGAGUGAGUGUUCAAGUUUUGUUGUGGUUUUGAAAAUGUCGAGCACAACGCGACUGGCGACGGCGGCGCUGCUCCUAGUGCUCGUGUCGGCGUGCGCGGCGCUGAAGUGCUGGCAAUGCGGGCAAUACAGCGACGGCGUCGGCUCCAUAACGCCGUGCGCUAAUCGCAGCGCGGCGCGCUUAGACAACUGCCCGAAAAACGCCAGAUACUGUAUCAAAUAUGUGAGCGAGUUGACAGUGGUCCGGGACUGCGUUCCUACUUGCAGUGAAAAAGAAUGGUGGGGCGCCCGCACGUUCUGCUGCGACACUGACGAAUGUAAUUCGGCGCCGUCGCACACGUCUCUACUAGCCGCCGUGUGCGCAGGAGUGGCCGUGCUGUACGCCGCGCGCUGACCGAACAGCUAAGCCUUUCUGGUGCCACGGCUCAGGUUCAAGCCUUGCGGUACUCAGAUCUUAAAAUGUGUUACCCUCUAGCCGUCCAGGCAUCAACUCUUAUCAAAAUAAAUACUUUGAUUUGUUAUAAUAAAGAUUCGAAAUAGAAUGGAACUGGAGACCUUUUUAUAGGCUUCUGGGCGGCUAGAAGUUAAAGUACUUGGCAAUUUCUUUGCGCUCAUUGGUGUGCGUGACACUGUCGGCCUGAUUCUAAUUUUAAUAA